UAUGGUGCUGAAAAUACUCCAAAUUACAAAGUGGAUUACAGUUAGCACUAUGCUAGUUAUUUUCAAUAGCCUAUAUCAUCUAAAUAAUAUCUUCUCAGGUACGAAAAAGCAAGAAAAGUCCUAGAAAGUUGCCAAGGAUUUUAAAAUGAACACUACGGAGAAUGUUCUACCUCUUUCCUGCUCAUGUUCAAACUGUGACUGGAAUCUUUGCACCAUGAAAACUAAAUUGAGUAAAGACAUCUUAAUCUGUUGCUGUGGUGAAAACCCUAGAUCCAAACAGCUUGUUUAUACUUGCACCACUGGAUCUAAAAAAGCAACUAUCAAACCCAUAAAAGCAUCAGAAACUUGUUGUCAACCUAAAGAUGUAAAAAAAUCUGGUUAUGAAAAAGAUGAUAAAAAAGGUGGAAAGACCGAAAAGAAGAAAAAUCUAAAAAUGUUUGAAAAAGACAAGAUUGAUAAGCAAGAAAAGAAAAAGUCGCUCAAAAGUGAAAAAGUUGAUUGUAUCUGUAAGGGUACCAAAGAAAAGCACAGCAUAUUCGGUACCAAAGCUAAAGCCGAAGUUAAGAAAAGCGACCUAUAUAGUAAAAUUGAGGAAAUAUAUAAGAUAUGUUGCUGUGAACUAUGUAACUGUCCUUCCCCGCCUACGCCACAAGAAAAAUCUAGUAGUGAUGAAGAUGAACGUAAAGCACAAAAGAUAGCGACAUUUCAGAAGAUGGAUUUCCUACAUGUGCCUGUCAGCCCGAUGAUAAAAAAGAAGAAGAAUGUCCAUGCGAUCCUGGCGAGAUGCCUACAACAAACUCUGAUGAGAUUACAGGUACCGAGGAAGGCAUGUGCGAAUGUACUACAUGUGAGUGUAUCGAUUGUUCGAAUUCACGUAUAAAGGCCGAAACUAAAUACAAAGCAAAAGGUGGAACCAGAAAAACAUGUAAAUGUACAAACUGUUUAAUGAGUACAUGUCGCAAAGAUAACAAGAACUGUAUAUGUAAAAGAAAAAGAACUGAUCCGAGCAAACAAAGAAAACAUUCUCCACAAACAAAGAAGUAUGACAUUCAUAGAACGUUACUUUGUGAGAAUUUACCAUUCAAUAGAACAGCCAGUGAAAAAAUCUGUAAAGCAGAUAGACUAUCUGCGCCUUGCUUAUUUAAAGAUAAUAAUCGUAAAGGCAGGCUGUGUGACUGUUAUUUAUGUAAAAAUAAUAUCCAUGAAUAUGAGAAUAUUCUCGGAGCAGUAGAUCAUUGUAAGUGUUCACCUUGUGAAUGCCAGUUUUGCAACAAAAGUGAUAACACAGGUUUAGGAAAAAAUAAAGCCUGUCGAUGCGCAAAAUGCGAAUGUAUAUCCUGUUCUAAUUUUUGCGAUUAUCGUAAGCAAGACACCGAUGGUACCAAUAAUAAAAGUCUGAAAUAUUCACGAGAUAAGGCAAAAUCAGACUGUAAUGAUAUUUUAUAUGAAAAUUUAACGUUGUUGAAAAGAGGUGAAAUUUUAUCAAAUUUUAAAACCGAUAAAGAACAACUUGUCAAUGAUCAACUAAGAUUUGGACUAAACAAAGACUUGCCGUUGCCCUAUGUAGUUAUUGAUGAAAAAAUUCAAGUGAUCAAUAUGAAUGAAAAUAAAUUAGUAUCUAAAAACUCAGUGAAGAAAAAUAGUAAAGAGAAAAUAAAGGCACAUAAAAAUGUAACUACAAAAAGAGGAAGUAAUAAAAAUAGUAAGGAAUGUAUUAAUUUUCUAAUACCUACUAACAGUGGAUUUAUUAAAAGGUUGACGUUACUUGAACCGGAAAGAAUGGAAUCAAAAAUAACGAACAAAGAGGAGACAGUGCGAAAUGUUAAAAUAUACGUUCAAUUAAAAAAUAUUAGCGACAACGUCGACGAAUACAUAAAACAUUUGCAAAAUCUCUUAGAAAAGUCCAAAAAAGACAAUGAGAAUUUCGAAAGCGUAGUAAAGAAAAUAAAAAACGAAACAGUACCAAGAGUUUUAGAGUUAAUGAAAAAGGAAAAUUUCAAGAAUCGAAGAAUGCAACUACAGCAAUAAAUUUUAAAAUAAAAGUGCCUGAGAGAAU